AUGGAAAACAGAAAAGGAGCGGAAGCCGCCUCGGCCACUGGAGGCUGUCGACGCAAGAGAGGCAUCUCAAACACCUCGCUUUUGUUCAUAUCUUUGGUCGCCGCUCCCCCUGUUGCUCUCCUUUUUCUUGGAUGCGGACAGGGUCUUUUUGUGGAUGCAACUCAAGCGUCGUCAACAGCAACUUCCAGAGCUACGUACAUGGACCGCUUUAACAUCCCCAAGAAUCACGUCGAUCUCAUUUGGGAACCAUCCGGGUCAAAAUCAUACACACGUGGAAAUAUCACAUACAGGUGGUCUGAGCGCAAGUUAAAUGCUGGGGUCUACGCGGGCUACUCGUAUAUGUACGAUUCGUCUAAGCACGCUUAUUGUCAAAGUUCGAAGGCAAAGAUUGACACUAUGGCAACAGUGGGGGGGCCGUAUAUGGCGUCGGGUGCCUGUCCGAACUACGGCAAAGUCAUCUCGUUCACGAACCGCGAUGGCAGCAAUGCUGACAUGACGCGAUGGAGAAACGAGAUCCAUGGAAAUGUGAUGCCACACAGCACAACAGGUUGCGCUACGCAGGGGAAGCCAGGAGAUGCUGAAGUCGCAAAAGCAAUUGAGGGCUUUGCGAUGUACUCCGGCUAUAUGACCCACUGCCCCUUCAACGAGAAUGUAUACCUGAAAGAUAUGGUGCCAGAUAGGGAAUUCGACAGCAACGUGUGCAGCUUUGUAACGCAAAACAACCCCCUUCGAUUUCUCGACACCACGCAGCGGCAGCCUGGCCAGGCAUUCACUGAAUAUGCCUUUCACGGCAAGGGGGGCCAUAAGGGGUACGACUACAAAGGACAAACCAGCCAUGUCGGCUGUCCCCCUUAUUCUUCUCCGCGUAUUACAAAAGGCAUGAAAGAUUCUACCUGGAUCAGGGACCCAUUCGACUGCAGCAGACUCAGCCGCUGCACGACUCACUGCUGGCCGUACAAAAGCGGCAGCUACUGCUUCCGAAGUUUGCCUUCAAUUUAUGACAUGAGCACAGGUGAAUGCCGUAUUCUUGGCUACCAAACGCAAGAUUACCGGCACCAGAGUUGCGCUGAAUUCAAGACGGACAAUACCAGUGCCUUCUACUGCGUUCGCCCCAUGAAGACUGCCGGAUCAUCCGACUUGGUUUACGUCACCUCUCACACGCGACCUGACUACGAAACGAAAUGCCCUCCGAGAGAACCCCUGAAGAAGGUUAAGUGGGGUGUGGUGUCACAGGGGAAGUACUGCCAACCCUUGGCGGCACGAGCGAAUUUCAGCAACGUGACCGCCGAAAUGUGCGGGCAAAAAGUGUUUACGAUGAGCAGCGCAGAUGACCCCAGUCUUUCCUCGCAAGUCCAUGGCUACCACUGGGCCACCUUUGUUGCCGACAACUGCGCUGACAUGGGGAGCAGCUGUGCGAGGAGCGCGCGAGGCAAGUGCUUCUUGUACGACACCGUUCCCGAAUGCCUGAUCAGUUCUGCAACUGCCAUGGCGUUCACUUCGCUGAGCGCAGUCGACCCCAGCAUCGCAAUCGACCCCGACAGCGUCGCUGUGCUUCCAUUAGAUAAGUGUGUGAACACGGACUGCGGGUCCCACGGCACGUGUGACGCCGGCACGGGGAAGUGCGUCUGCUCGCCUGGCUUCAAGGGAGACUUGUGCGAUAAAGAUGACCUCUGCUACAACAACAAGUGCUCGGGACACGGCACCUGCAAGGAUUCGGACGGUUCCUGCCAAUGCAAGCCUGGAUACAAAGGAGAAAAGUGCGAAACGGUCGACAAGUGCUACAAACAGGACUGCUCCGGGCGUGGCACAUGCGACGAGGCCACCGGACACUGCAAGUGCGAGACCUGCUACACAGGCACCGACUGCUCGCAAAAGGCCGAGAGCUGCUGCGCGGCUGACAGCGACUGCGGCGGCAACAAGGCGUGCAGUAUGGGCACAAACGAGUGCGUGUGCAAGGAAGGUUGGAUGGGCCAAGAUUGCCAAGAGAAAGACUUGUGCAGCGGCGUGGCGUGCGAACAGGGUAAGGUGUGCGAUGGAAAGACCGGGAAGUGCGUCUGCGAGGAAACCUGCAAGACAGGUCCGAACUGCGAUGAGGUGAAACCCGAAUGCUGCGAAUCGAACGACGAAUGCCACCAGCCGCAAGGCUACUGCAAGAUGGACGAGGCCAAGUGUGUCUGCCGUCCGGGCUUUGGGGGCCAGACCUGUGAGACGAAGGAAGAUCUGUGCGCCGGGGUGACCUGUCAAAACGGCGGCACGUGUGACUCCGCCACAGGUCUGUGCCGGUGCGACGCAUGCCACGGCGGAAAGACGUGCGAAAUCAAAAAGGAGCACUGCUGCACUGACGACAACGCCUGCAAUGGACACGGAACCUGCAACUUGAAGGACAACACAUGCAAAUGUGACGCCGGCUUCGCGGGAGUCAACUGCUCGAAACCCGAAGGCCAAUGCAAGAACACGCAGUGCUUGAGUGGUUACUGCGAGCCCUCGACUGGCACGUGCGUCUGCGACGCAUGCCACACCGGUGCCAAGUGUGAGACUCCGGUCAGAGACUGCUGCGUGACGAACCAGACGUGCAACUUCCCCAACGGCUUCUGCUCUGCGAACAAAACGUGCGAAUGCCAGGAAUCAUGGGGCCACGGCGACUGCAGCGCACCGGUCGACAAAUGCGAAGGAGUGAAAUGCCACAACGGGUCAGUCUGCGACGCGGACUCGGGAACCUGCAUUUGUCCUCCAGGCUUCGGGGACGAAUUCUGCGAAACGUGCGCCCAGAAAGGAUGUCUGAACGGGGGUGUCUGCCAGCCGAACGGCACGUGCGCGUGCCCCACAGGGUUCGAGAGCCCGUCGUGUGACGUCCCCGGCUCCUGCCCGGGCGCCGGCGGCCAGUGCCAAAACGGCGGUCGCUGCGAUGUCGAGCAAGGCAGGUGCGUCUGCCCUGAAGGCUUCGCAGGGAGCAAAUGCGAAGAGCCGGCGAGCCCGUACACCUGCUCCGAGUGGUGCCAAGCGCCUCAAGUACUGACCGAAUCUACAUGCAACCCGUCAAUAGACUGCUAUGAAGUCUGCUGCGAAGUCAUGAAGGGCUGUGCAAAGGUUCAGCAUCCCGCUGCUCCCGAACAGGACUGGGGCCUAUGCUAUGCUAACGGGAUGGACGAGCGGCAGGCGGCGUGCUGCUAUGCGCGGGAAGAACAAGCGGACAACUUGGUCAUCUAUUUGGCUGCUGGAGGAGUUCUGCUUCUUCUCGUGGCAGCUGGCAUGGCGUACGGCCUGACGAGAAAGAGGAGCAACGCCGGUCAGGGAGGCACCGUGGACUUCGGCGUUGGUGCAGACGGCAAGCCCGUCGAAGGAGCCGAAGACGAAGCCAUUGAAGUGGAUCUCGACGACUUCAAGUCGCAUCCCGACGACGAAGUUGACAUCGGGAACAUUGCAUCCUGGGUCCGAGAAUGGGAUACGGAAGCAGCCUACGUGCCACGCGUUGUUCUGGCGGAAUAA